AUGAGGAAGCAGGUUCAGCUGCACCCGAGUGGCCGCGUCAACGGCAGCCUGGAAAACAGCGCCUACAGUAUCCUGGAGAUGACAGCGGUGGAGGUGGGCAUCGUGGCCAUCAAGGGGCUCUUCUCCGGGCGGUACCUGGCCAUGAACAAGAGGGGGCGGCUCUAUGCUUCGGAGAGCUACAACGCCGAGUGUGAGUUCGUGGAGCGGAUCCACGAGCUGGGCUACAACACGUACGCCUCGCGGCUGUACCGCACAGUGCCCAGCGGCCCGGGGGCCCAGCGGCAGCCCAGCGCCGAGAGACUGUGGUAUGUGUCCGUGAACGGGAAGGGCCGGCCCCGCAGGGGCUUCAAGACGCGCCGCACCCAGAAGUCCUCCUUGUUCCUGCCCCGCGUGCUGGACCACAAGGACCACGAGAUGGUGCGGCUGCUCCAGAGCGAGGCCGGGCUCCGCAGUGGCCUGCCCGGGCCCCCCGGCAAGGGCACCCGGCCCCGGCGGCAGAGGAAGCAGAGCCGGGGAGGCCGUGUGUAG